UGACUUCCUGGCGGUGCCAUGAGCAGCCGACCUCCGCUCCGGUCCCCAGCCCAGUCCAGACCCACAGGACUCACUCCUGACCAGGCAGAUCAGACUCGGCAGUCCCGUCUGCGAUCGGGCAAGAGGGGAACGGCGCGAGGUUUAAUUCUACUAUAGGAAGUGGGGUCCCCAGACCCCUUUUACCUGCGCGACGCACGGCUUCCCGCAACCAGGACGGUGACCCAGACCGGCCGACGCAGGCCGGGGAAGGAGCUGGGUGCCGGUUCCGGCGCGGCCCUCCGGGUUACCGACUCCAGGGGCCGACCUGCCUCGCCGCGCCGGGCCCGGCGGAAUUCGCUCCCGGGUCUUUAAGGGGCGGGGUCUGUUGACGCGUCAUCGGUGUGCGCCGCCGGCCGUGGUCUCCACGUGGGUUCAGCAGAGACGCUUCCCAGGGGAUCAUGGCCGGGGCUCAGGCCCCGCAGCCGCAGAAGCGCUACUAUCGACAACGCGCUCACUCCAACCCCAUGGCGGACCAUACGCUGCGCUACCCUGUGAAGCCAGAGGAGAUGGAUUGGUCUGAGCUAUACCCAGAAUUCUUUGCUCCACUGACUCAAAAUCUGAGCCACGAUGACCCAAAGGAUAAGAAAGAAAAGCGAGCUCAGGCCCAAGUGGAGUUUGCAGACAUAGGCUGUGGCUAUGGUGGCCUAUUAGUGGAACUGUCACCGCUGUUCCCAGACACGCUGAUUCUGGGUCUGGAGAUCCGGGUGAAGGUCUCAGACUAUGUACAGGACCGGAUUCGAGCCCUACGAGCAGCUCCUGGAGGUGGCUUCCAGAACAUCGCCUGUCUCCGAAGCAAUGCCAUGAAACAUCUUCCCAACUUCUUCUGCAAGGGCCAGCUGACAAAGAUGUUCUUCCUCUUCCCUGACCCACAUUUCAAGCGGACGAAACACAAGUGGCGAAUCAUCAGUCCCACAUUGCUGGCAGAAUAUGCCUACGUGCUGAGAGUUGGGGGGCUGGUAUAUACUAUAACCGAUGUGCCGGAACUACAUGAAUGGAUGUGCACCCAUUUUGAAGGGCACCCCCUGUUUGAGCGUGUGCCUCUGGAGGAGCUGAGUGAAGACCCCAUUGUGGGACAUUUGGGCACCUCAACCGAGGAGGGAAAGAAAGUUCUACGCAAUGGAGGAAAGAAUUUCCCAGCCAUCUUCCGAAGAAUACAGGAUCCCACCCUCCAGGUGGUGACCCCCAAUCCUACCCCUCCUGGUCACUGACUGCUUGCCUUGCUUUAUUUGGACUCCGUAUUCCAGGAACUAGAAAGAAGAUCAACUCCCUGGACCUUCCCGGCUGAGACUGUUGGGGCUUAGAGGCAACAGCCUCUCAAAGAAGUUGGGGAACUGCCCAGGGCCGAACCCUGGUUUUCACAGCUACCCUUGCUUCCUCUCACCUUCCUGACCCUUUUUGGCCUUCAGAAGGCAGAGAAGCUGACCAGGAAGGUCAGAAGACCGAGGACCAGAAGGGAUGUUUGGGAGGGUGUGGGGUCUUGCUCUCCAUUAGCACUUCCUUCUCCCUCUGGGAUCUCUGUCUCGAGUGUGGAAUACAAUUCUCCACUGUCCAUCUAAACAGCCUGCCAGGCUC